AUGGUCCGCUCUGCUAUAUUAUCGGCGCUUCUCGCUGCCGCGACAAGUUUGGCAUCCCCACUUCAGGUUCAGACACGACAGGACCCUGACACCGGGUUGACGUGGAUCUAUAAAGAUCACCGUCUGCCUAAAGUCAUACUGUAUAAUACUGGGGACGGUACUAUUUUGUCGGGCUCAACCCACGGGCGCUUGGACACCAUCAACUAUGGUGGCGGUGUUGGUGGUUUAACUCCCGAGACACUCAUUAGUGGUGUCAGCGAAGUUCUCGACAUAGCCCAGAUUGCGGUUCGCAACAUUGGUGGCGGGGGCAGCGCCGAUGCAGACUCGGACAGAUUCCUGAACAUUUCGAUGGACGCAAACCGACGUCUGUGUGCCCAUAACUCUGAUGUUGUCGGUGCUGUUAUGAUUCACGGCACCAACACUCUUGCUGAAACGGCGUUUGGGGUUGAUCUAACUCUCAAUUGCUCAAAGCCAUUCGUUGCUACUGGCUCCAUGAGACCCAAUUCAGCCCUAUCGGCCGAUGGCCCGUUCAACUUCUAUGAUGCCGUUCGAACCGCGAUACAUCCCGAAGCCCGUGAUCGCGGAGCCAUGAUUGCCUUCAAUGACCAUCUCAUCUCAGUCUUUUAUGGAACAAAGACCAAUGGCAAUACAGUGUCGACUUUCUUAGCUAUGGACCAGGGUUACAUUGCGCAGUUUCUUGCCGGUCAGCCGUACUUCUUCUAUGGAGCAUCACUGCCAAAAGGGAGGCACUAUUUUGACCCGUUCAACGUUUCACAACCGUUGCCUAAGGUAGUUGUCCUCUAUGGCCAUCAGGGAUUCGAUGCUGGCCUCUUGUAUGCUGCUGCUGCCGAUGGCGCCAAGGGCAUUGUAAUCAUGGGCGUCGGACCGGGUGGGCUUAGCACAGCGGCCACGAACGCAGCUAUGGACCUCUAUAACAGCGGAGUUGUGACUGUGGCAUCUCUUCGCCCAUUCUUCGGUGCCGUUGUCCCUGAGCCACAAGCGGGGAAAAUUAUUCAUUCCGGCUUUAUGCAUGGAGAACAAUCCCGUAUACAGCUUCAAUUAGCCCUCGCUUCGGGGAAUUCAGUUGCCGAUAUUCGGCGCCUCUUUGAAGGUGAAAUUCGCACUGCCGUCUAUAACUCUGCUACACAGUUUUAUAAUGGUACGGACCUCUGA